AAAAUAUUGCAAUUCCACAUCGAAAAUCGAAGUUGUUCAAAAUCAAGGUAUUUACUAUAGGUACGAUUUCUAGAUUCCAACAAGUAAUACAUUUCCAAUAAAAUCGAGAAGUGUAUACAAAAUAAACUCAAUUUAGAAGAAAAAGUGCACAGUUAGAGUUGUACUACCAGCACGGAUCCGAGAUAGGACGCUUGUCAAUUUCAGGGCACUCGAGGCAUACGUACGAAGUCCUAUCAUCAAAUUAAUAAAUAUCUACAAAAUGUCCAGAGAAAAAGUUUCCAGAGAAAGAGAUACUAAAAAGGAGAAAUCCAAGGAGAGAUCGCAUAGACGAAAAAGCAAAACCAACAGAAUAUGCAAAGAAGUCAUGAUCAAUUUUCUGAAGAAGUUAUUCUUCUUCUUCCGAGCAUACUUUGACAUGCUCAUAGACUAUGUAUACUCUAUAUUCUGGGAUGACCGUCACCAAGCUAUACCUGACUUGGACAAGAAACAUGCAAUGCUUAAGGAGAGUGCUGUAACAUUAGCGGAGAAGAUUAGGAAUAAGGAAUUGAAAUCUGAAGAACUAGUUACAGCUUGCAUUGAAAGAAUUAAAUUGGUAAACCCAAUGCUUAAUGCGGUGACAGAUGAAAGAUACGAAGAUGCUAUCAAAGAAGCUCAAGCGGUUGAUAAGAUGAUUGAAGCGGGCCUCUCUGAAGAAGACUUGAAGAGUAAACCUUUUCUGGGUGUGCCAUUCACGGCGAAAGAGAGCCACGCAGUUAAGGGCAUGCUACACACUCUCGGCAUCUUGUCGCGUAAGAGCGUGCGCGCGGACGAGGACGCUGAGUGCGUGCGGCUCCUUAAGGCGGCCGGCGCCAUUGCCGUUGCCGUCACCAACGUGCCGGAGAUCAACAAAUGGCAAGAAACCCGUAACAUGGUGUUUGGGCAAACGAACAACCCCUACCACACCGGGCGCACUACCGGGGGCUCCAGCGGCGGCGAGGCAGCCCUGUCGGCCUCCCUCGCCAGUCCCAUAUCACUGUGCUCAGAUAUUGGCGGCUCGACUCGCAUGCCUGCAUUUUUCUGCGGUCUCUAUGCGCUCAACCCAACCGCCGAGCACACCAGCAUGAAAGGUUCAACUCUCCGUUCGGGCAAAGAGCCAACCAUGGCGUCGAUCGGGUUCGUGAGCAAACACUGCGAGGACCUCAUCCCGCUGACUAAGAUCGUGGCGGACGAGAAGGCGCAGCUGUUAAAUCUGGACAGACAAGUCGACGUCAAGGAUCUAAAGUUCUACUAUGUGGAGAGCGUCAACGAUUUGCGCGUCAGUCCUGUUGGUAGUGACAUUAAGAAAAUUAUGAAAAGAGUGGUAUACAAGCUAUCAGGUGUGGCGGAACCUUCCGACAAGCCCAAGCCGUACUACCACGAGGGUUUCAACCACUCGUUCGCGCUGUGGCGCCACGCCAUGAGCAAGGAGGCGGACUGCUUCGCGGCUCUGCUCACCGACAACCAGGGCGAGGCCAACGGACUCGCGGAGUUGGGCAAGAAGAUAGUAGGCGCAUCGGAGUUCACACUAGCGGCUAUUAUAAAGCUCCUAGACGACCAGGUGAUGCCCGCAGUGCCCGCCGCCUGGGCCGACGACCUCACGCAGCAGCUCAGAGACGACCUUAUUGAAACCCUGGGCUCAGACGGAGUGCUGCUGUUCCCGUCGGCGCCCACCCCCGCGCCAUAUCACUACGCGGCGUAUCUGCGCCCCUUUAACUUCGCGCUGUGGGGGAUAUUCAACGCGCUCAAGUUUCCUGCUGCACAGGUCCCUCUCGGUCUAAACUCUGACGGUCUUCCCCUCGGCAUACAAGUAGUGGCAGCGCCACAGAACGACGCGCUAUGUGUCGCCGUUGCAGACCACAUCGGCAAACUGUUCCAAGGCUACGUGCCGCCUUGUCGAGUGCCCGAGUAAUGUGCGAAUAUCUUUACACCCCUAGGCCUCAACGCUUUGUCAACGGCAGACCACGUGGGCCUACGUACCGCCUUGUCAAGUGCCUGAGUAGUGUGCGACCAUCAUUAUUCCACAUAAUAUCCCUCUUGGUCAAAACUCUGAUGGUUCCUCCCUAGGCAUACAAGUAACGCCGCAGUACGACGCGCUGUGUGGCCAUCGCAGACUACAUCGGCAAACUGUCCC